AUGUCGAUCAAAGAAACUCUCAAAGAAUUGGGCUGGCACUUGAGUGAUGAAGGCGUUGAAGCUAUUAACGAUAAUGGGCAAAUUCAAGAUACACAUUUGCUUUCGAAACGUGCUUUAGAUUUUGAUUUACGUGACAUAGGUGAGGCAGCGUUUCCUGAAGAUUUUUUAAAAGAUCCUUCUAAGUUAGAGAAUCCUGUUGUGCUUCAAAUUCAAAAGAUUAGAAAUGUCUCAGCUCCCAAAGCCAAUGAAGAAUCUACUUCAGCUCCUCGUAUGUUGAAACUUAUUUUACAUGAUGGAAAAUCUACAUAUACAGCAUUAGAAACAAAUCCAAUACCAAAUUUUACAAUCAAUACUCCGCCCGGCACUAAAGUUCUACUUCAAAAUGAAGGAUUAGAAAUAUGUCAUAAUGUGAUCUGGUUAAAUUCUGACAUAGUAAAAAUUCUUGGAGGAAAAGUAUCUCAUAUGAUUGAAAAGUGGGAACUAAACAGGAGUUUGGCAAAACAUACAAGAGGUGCUGUUGAUGGUGGUCCACCUCCAUGGAUACCAUUUGGUCAAAGAUUAGAAGCUAAUCCACUUGAAAAACAAUUUAAAAGUCUGCAAGAAGCUGCCAAGCAGGAUAAUCCUGAGUUUGAAGCGCAAAGAAAGGGAGCUAUUGCAGAAGCCCAAAGAUUAUCUGGUGUUAAAAAGGUGUUUGGUGGAGGAACUAAGCCUUUAUUAGAUGCAAAUGUUCAGAAAAUUGUUGAUGCUGGAUUCACAGAAGAACAAGCUGAGAAUGCUCUUAAAUACACAAAAAAUAAUGUUGAAAGGGCGUUAAGAAUUCUCCAAAAGAGAGAUAACUCUGAGAACCGGACUAAAGAAAAGCAGAGGGAAUCAGAACCUGCACCAAAACGAAAAGGACGAAAUAAAGAUAAAGAUGAUGAUGAUGUUAUUCCAGUAAAACCAUCUGGUAAAGUGUCUUUAUUCGACUUCUUAGAGGAUAAACUACCCAAUGUUCCUGACCGACAAAAAGAAAGGAAUAAUCGUAUUGAACUUAGUUCAGCAGUCGAUGAAAAAAGUGAUAGAAAUUAUGGGAGUAGAGAACGAAAUAAUUCUCGAUAUAAUUCGCGUUCCCAGGGGCCUAGACAUGAGAGACAAGAUGGCCCACGGCACCGCAACGACAGAGGACAUUUUAAUGAUCAUCAUCAGUCAUCAUCUCAUAGAGAGGAUAGAAAAUACCAGACACAGGCUGAAACGCCACCUCGCUUCCAAAAGAAGUUUGAGGAAAUGAAUAAACAUUCAAAUAAUCAAUAUCCCUACAAGAAUUACAAUAAUCAAUCUCAGAACCAAUACAACAAUAGAAGAAGUGAGAGGAAUCAUGAGAACAAAGUUCAACAGCAAGCACAAUAUCCUAAUAAUUCGCACUCAAUGGAGAAAUUAGUUGAAGCAACUGCGAACCUAAAUCUAAUGUCAAACCAACAGUGUUCAAAUGAAGAGAAGCCAUCUCCACAAUAUCAACCUUCCGAGCAACCGUAUCCUAAGCAUCAGAAUUAUCAGAAUCAAAAUGUCCCAGAAAUGCAGCCUUUUAGGCGAAACAACGAUGUGCCAAAAUACCAGGAGCCAAAUUAUCAGCGCCGACAACAACCCAAUGGGUAUGUUGAACAACCUCAAAAUAUGUAUCCAAACGCUUAUAUGGCUAAUAUGCAAGGGGGCUACAACAAUAGGCAGUAUGGGUACGGAGGGAGACCCCACGAGUUUAAUACUAUGAGGACGGGAGGCCCGUUCCUACCUGGAUCAUUACUGGGCUUCCAAAAUGCCGCUGUUAAUGAACAAGCGCGUGCGAUGCUGGGUGUCGCCGAGAUUAACUGGAAAGUUGGUGACCGAUGUCUAGCUUUGUACUGGGAAGAUAAUAAUUUCUACGAAGCGGAGAUAACUGGUAUAUCAGCAAACACUGUAGUAGUUAAAUUUUGUGCAUAUGGUAACCACGAAGAAGUUCUCAAAUCCAACUGCUUGCCAUAUCCAAACCAAGCGACCUCCAGCGCAGGCUAUGCGUCGCGGGGCGUAUUCCCCGCACGCAGACCCUAG